AUGUACGCCGCUCUCGGGAUUGAAAAAGACGACGACGAAGACGAAGACUUUGUUCUGGAUGAGGAGGAUGAGGAAGACAACGGCGACGAAGAGGCGGAGGAUUGCUACCAAGAGGAGGAAGACGAAGAAGAGGUCGAUGAUGACGAGGAGAGCAAUAGCGAUGAAGAGGAGGGUGACGAGGAUGAAGAGAAGGCGAGUGACGAUGAACAGGAGGCAGACGACGACGGAGAAUCCAGCACAGAAGACGAAGCAGAAGCGGAUACCGCUCUGGCCAAAUGCAAGCUUUCUGCUGGGGAUGAAGCCCAAUCUUUCGCGAAAAAGCGUAAGGCGGAGCUGCAGCUUCACGAGUCUGUCGACGCUGAUUCGGCCCCACGUUUAUCCAAGCGGAACAAGCAGUACAUACCGCGGAAGCGAUCAAGCAAGCACCUUGACGAGUUGCGGGAGAUCAACGAGGAGCGCGAAGAAAUUAUCAACCCCGUUCCGCCCUUUACCCAGCGAUUAUCAAGAGUUGGAGCAAGUUCAGCGCACACUUGA